AUGUGAGAGAAUCCGUAUGAAAAUGGAAGGGGUUGCAGCUUCUCCAAACUUCUUGGGGGAAAGUAAAGCUGGAUAUGUCCUAAAUAAUGUUGCCGAGGUCGUGGAGAGGAUUUUGACAUUUGUCCCGACUAAAAAUCUCCUCCGGAUAGCAAGUGUGUGCAGGCUAUGGAGGAAUUGUGCACGCAGAGUCCUGAGGACGCAGCAGAGACUGACCUGGCUCUCUGCCUCUGGCUCAUCCAUAUACGAGGAGCAUGUUUUGCUUAGAACUAUGGCAGAAGACUUGGAGAAGAUCUAUCUGCUGCCCCAGACAGCUCUCCUAAUGGUGGAUGGGGAAAACUUCAGUUGGCCUUUUAGUUACAGACACAAAAAGGCCAGGAAGUGUGAGGAUGAAGUAGAGUCAGAUCCUGUUGAGAAGCUGAGAUGCUUACUGCCUAGCACUUGUGAUGUAGUAGGCAUUGUCGCAUCAGGAAUUGUGGUGACCCCCAGUGGUUUACCCAGCAGCCCCCCAGAAGAGCAUGAAGAUGGUGAAGCUGGCUUCAGUCUGCUUUUCCCUGCCAUGGAUGGGGUCACCAUCCGGCCUUUUCACUUCUGCAAAAAGAGCCUCAGUGAAUCGGCAAUGGAGGAAGCAGGGUUGAUCAAUAAUUCUUAUCUAAAGGUGGUGCUGAUGUUUGACUAUGAGACCUGGAAAGCUGGAGGUGGGCGCUUUCUUAAAAAGCUACUGGAACCUCUUUCUCAAAAUAAUGUACUUAUUGUUGGAGGACAAGUUGAGAGGGCCUUUUCCAACAACACAACCUGCUGUUCUCUAGGUUCUUUUGGUGCAGUUGGACUGACCUUCAGUGGCUCGAAGAUCCAGGGUGCCUCAGUGCUGGUGGACCAGGACGUAAGCAGCCCGCAAGCAGCAGAGGCCACUAUCCAGCGGCUGAAGGCUGCUAAUAUCCCAGAGAGAAACACCAUGGGCUUCAUGUUUGCCUGUGUGGGCCGUGGCCACAACAGCUACAAUAACCAGUGUAACGUGGAGGCCAGCGCUUUCCGGAAGAUCUUCUCCAACAUUCCACUUCUGGGAUUCUUUGGCAAUGGGGAGAUUGGCUGCGACCGUAUUGUCAAAGAGAACUAUACAUUGAGCGAGACAGAUGCUGAUGGACUACAACACUCUUUUACUACAGUCAUGAGUCUGGUGCAUUUUGGCUAACACAAACUCAAAACUGAGACCGUUGUCACGGCAAAUGACUAGGAAUCCCCUUGUUAACUUGGUCUUUCAGGACAGAUGCCGGCUGCUUGUUUAAGUUAACAGAGCAGGUCCGAUGGUGAUCAGGUAUAAUACUCCUAGGUUCUUUCCUUAGAC